AUGGACAGGAUCGGCGCGAACAUCAUUUACGUCGAUCGUAGGGCGGUUGAGGAUCAGACUGCCGACUUUGGCGUCGAUGAUAGUGUCGCGAGCAAUGGCGCUCCCGCUGCGGAGACAGAACACUUGGAACAGAGUAUCAGAGCGCUGAAAGAUGCAUUUGGUGGUGUCCAAGUUUGCUCAAGUAGCGCGUCCUGUCUCUCUGCUCUGACGGCUCUCCACCACGCCUCCACGAUCGACCAAAUACCGACGAUAUUACUGAUAGACACGCCCUACGAAGAGAACGUGACAGACCGAACUUCCCGAUCCAGGUCUCCAUCACCGCAUUCGCGGCCAGUGCAAGGAAACGAACACGAGGCCCAGAUAUCUGAUGUCGAGCUCUAUGGCUUGCGCCUUUUGCAGAGGGUUGUCGCCGAGGCAGACAUGUUGAAGCUACUGAAGCUCGUGGUGCCGAUACCCGUUAUUUCUCCGCCUGUGCUGCCCCAGGCUGGUCCCGCAACUGCGCCGGGCUCGGUAGAGACGGGCGCCAUUGGCGAGACCAUGGCAUCGAGCUUCUCGCAUACCAGGCCUGAACUGGUCCGCAGAUGUCUUGAAUACGGAGCAGCCGACGUUAUGACCAGCCCUCUUCAACAGCAAAACAUUGAGAGCAUCGAGGUUCAUGCGUACAAGGCUCGUCAAGCCGCGACAAGGGAACGGGAGGCAGUUCUGCAGGUCCGGAAAAACAGAAAACGUUCCUGGGUCGGUGUUGACACGGGAGGAAAGCCAUUCGCCUAUCUCCGCGAAGCCAUGGUGUCGGGUUUGAUGAAGGGAAUAUGCAGGUUUGACGACGAGGAUGAAACCUCUCUCGGAACGUUUAGGAUAUCAGUCCCCGCAGAAAGACAAGCGAGGAUCGCACAGGCGGUUGGCCAGUGGCAUUUCUGCGCACACGACUUCUCAGAUGACGAGCUUGUUGUGGCCGCCUCGCUCAUGUUCAGUCACGCCCUCUCCAUGCCCGAGCUGGAGCAAUGGAGAAUCCCACCAGACCAACUCACUCAAUUCGUGAUCGCCUGCCGAGCUGCCUACAACAGUUUUGUGCCGUAUCACAAUUUUCGGCACGUCGUCGACGUUCUGCAGGCUACUUUCAGCUUCCUUCUGCACACAAACACAAUCAUGCCAUACAUUUACUGCGACGCCUCGGAUGAUGCGCCCAAAUCUCCCGUGGAGGCCUUGUUGACGCCGUUCGAGGCCCUAACACUACUCAUCACGGCCAUCGGACACGAUGUGGGACACCCGGGCGUGAACAACGGCUUUCUUGUUACAUUAAAUGCGCCCCUUGCACAGCUUUACAACGAUCGUUCGGUCUUGGAGUCUUUCCAUUGUGCGGCCUUUUCGCAAAUACUCCGGAGACAUUGGCCGUCCGCCUUCGAGGACAGGAAAAUGCGAGGCCUUAUGAUCAGUUCCAUCUUGGCAACAGACAUGGGCCUGCACUUUGACUACAUGAAGAGGUUGGCAGACUUGAAAGAAAAGCUUGCGGCCAAUGAAUCUACCGAAGGAUGGAACAGCCGCAUGGUCGAGGAGCAAAAAGGCCUCGCGUGUGCCUUGCUGAUCAAAUGCGCAGAUAUCUGCAACGUGGCACGGAACCAUGACACGGCCUUGCAAUGGAUGGAUAUCCUGGCCGACGAAUUUGCCCGGCAGAGAUCUAUGGAGAAGGAACUUGAGAUCCAGACUUCACUCAUGGCGCCCCCUCUGACAGAGCGGGCUUCUCAGUUCAGAUCUCAGCUCAACUUCAUGAACAUGUUUGCCAUACCACUCUUCCAAGGAGUGGCCGACGUACUGCCUAACAUGAGAUACUGCGUCACCGAGCUUACAACCAACUCGGAGCUCUUUCAGCAGAAGAUUGCAGAUGCACUGGCCAAAACGCAUCCAGAGCGCCGUACUAGCCGCCAGGACCCGCCUCAACACAGCACACACGCGAAAUCAAACUCCGGGUCUGCCCAGGCCAUGGACCAGAUAGCCAGGUCGGCAAGCACUCCAGAGCUGAGGGGCGGCUACAAAGCGGUAAAUGGCAUGGGGCCUCAUUUCGAACCGGUCAAGGAACUCGCUACCGGCGAUGACGGGCCUACUGGACCGGAACGGCAACGCUGCAGCGAGACGACGACUGAAGGAGGUAGCUUUGCCCAAGUGAACGGCGAUUGUGCCAGCAGCGCAACGACCGGCAAGAUGCCCCUCUCACCUAGUACGAAAGGAACAAGCGUUGUUAGCCAGGAAUCUAUGGAGCGACCUAAAAGCAACCCCAUCCCAAUGAUUUCAGCACCGGAUUCUGCGAAAAGCAUGACCGAGCCGAAGAUGGAUGGUCAACCGAUUUUCGAAGUGGAGACAGCAAGUACCCUCAAGUCGACCGACGAUCGAUCCGUCAAGAAGAGACCAAGUCGCUUCCGGAUGAACGCUUUUCAAUUCUUCAGGAGACACAAGUCUCCUGGUCCUGCUACAGAAACCCCUUGA